AUGGGGCUCGUGGCGCCGCCGCCGCUCGAUCUGACGCCCAGGCACGCGGGCGCGGGGCUGGUGUCCUGGCCGCGCCCCGCGCGCGCCGCGAUCCGCUGCUGCUGCUACGCCCGCCCCGAGCCGCGGAGGCUGCUCUCCCCGGAGCGCGGGGAGGACAGGCGCGCCGACGGGAACAAGACCGCAGCCGCCCGCGGACGGCGCCGCCGCGGAGGCCUCAUCAACGUGCCCCCGCUCCCGUUCCCGUCUUCUCGUUCUAGGAGGCAGCAGCCCAAGCAGCACGAUUUCUACCCACGGUGCACGCCAAGAGGACCAGCUCCCCAAUCCCGCGACACCCCGCCCAAGAGAGACACUGGUAUUGCUAGUGAGAAGGAGUGGGGAAUCAACCUGCUGGAUGAGGCCGUCAAGGAGUCCGGCACGAAUGAAGACGGAAGCACCUGGUACAGGGAGAGCGGCGACGAUCUCGGCGAGAAUGGCUACCGUUGCCGAUGGGCUAGGAUGGGGGGACAGACUCAGGAUGGUUCCACUGAAUGGAAAGAGACCUGGUGGGAGAAGAGUGACUGGACUGGAUACAAAGAGCUAGGCGCGGAGAAAUCUGGGAAGAAUGCUGAGGGUGACUCCUGGUGGGAAAAGUGGAAAGAAGUUCUGCACCAAGACGAAUGGAGCAAUCUUGCAAGACUUGAGAGGAGCGCAGAAAAGCAAGCGAAAUCAGGGGCAGAAAAUGCUGGUUGGUAUGAAAAAUGGUGGGAGAAAUAUGAUGCGAAGGGAUGGACAGAAAAAGGUGCACAUAAAUAUGGAAGGUUAAAUGAGCAGUCCUGGUGGGAGAGGUGGGGUGAACAUUAUGAUGGUCGUGGUUCUGUAUUGAAAUGGACAGAUAAGUGGGCAGAGACAGACUUAGGCACCAGAUGGGGAGACAAAUGGGAAGAGAAAUUCUUUUCUGGAAUUGGUUCGCGUCAAGGGGAGACAUGGCAUGCAUCUCCUGGCGGUGACCGCUGGUCAAGGACUUGGGGAGAAGAGCACUUCGGCAAUGGGAAAGUUCAUAAAUAUGGGAAGAGCACAACCGGUGAGAGCUGGGAUUUAGUUGUUGACGAGGAGACAUACUACGAGGCCGAGCCUCACUAUGGGUGGGCUGACGUGGUUGGAGAUUCCAACCAGCUGUUAUCGAUACAACCUGUUGAAAGGCCACCUGGAGUGUUCCCAACUUUUGACUUCAGCUCUUCGCCCUCGCACAUGGACGAGCCGCCCGGCAUGAUGCCGCCUUCGUCCAUGGAGUGAGUUGCGUCGCCAGUAUAGCCCGUCUCAAGCAGGAAAUUUCCUGUCCAGGCACCAGUUUUGCCUUGCAAGGGAACAUUAUUUGUAGAAAAGGGGAUGAAAAGCGCAAUCUGCUUUCAUUGGUUCAUUGAUUCUUUCCUGUGUUUUUCCCUUUCCAUGCUCUAGAUUUUUACAAAGGUUCUAACUCUUUUCUGACAAACUAGGUGAAAUAAUCAACCGCUUUCGAUUGAA